AUUAAUUUUUUCACAAACAAAUUUAGAGAUUCUGGGCUUCCAAGCAUUAAAAAAAAUUGGUCAAAUGCAUAAAUGUUAAAAGCAUGCAGUUAAUCUUAUCGGAACAUGCGGCUUUAGAUAACUAACUGAUAUUGCAAAUGGCUAUAUACAGUCGAUCACCUCAUUAGAAAAUAUCGCAUAGAUGUAAUCUUUAACUAAUGAGCCCCACACUUAAUGAGGCUUCCUGUGUGAAAAAGCUUUUUACUAUUGCAUGGCGCUGUCACUAAAACUACCGAAGCAGGGAUGUGUCUCGUCAAAGAUUCUAAUUAUAUUUAAAUUACAUUUAUUGAUUUGGCAGGCACGUUUAUCCAAAUAAUUUACAGCAAAUUCAAGUUAUAGUCUAGUUUAUAAGGCUAUUUAUUCCCUGCAAUCAAACCCAUGACUUUGUUGUUGCUAAACUAAAAAUUAAAAGGUAUAGGCCCUAUGCAUUCUGGGCUCCAAGCGUAAAAAUGUCUGUCAAAUGCAUAAAUGUAAAAAACAUGCAGUUAAUCUUAUCGGAACAUGCGGCUUUAGAUAACUAACUGAUAUUGCAAAUGACUAUAUACAGUCCAUCAGCUCAUGAGAAAUAUCGCAUAGAUGUAAUCUAGUUUAAAUCUUUAAUGCCACACCUAUGAGGCUUUCUGUGUGAAAAAGCUCUUUACAUUUAUGGCGUUGUCUUGGUGGUCAUGAUAUAAUGUGCGUGCCAGUCAUCAAGAUUCAACUAUUCUAGACGUCUCACACACAUAACAUCUAGCCUAUAACUGCACUGCUAGCACCCUGUGUCUGAUUCUGUUGUUUUGUUAUGGACACUGUAUGUAUGCUUCUUUGGGACUAAGCCUUAACUUUGCCAGUAAUAUGAUUUGUGCAUUUUUAUAAUUUGCUUGGUAAGAGAGCAUCUGCUAAGAGUGUCAAAUGUAAAUUUUAUAUCUGGAGAAUGGACAGAAUUACUGAAGGAGGAUUAGAGAAUAAGAAAAGAGGGAGGAGAGAGGGAGGGACUGGGAGGAAGAGAGGGGGUCUUCUGUGAAAGCAUCUCAAGAUGUGGAGACUUCUAAUCAGGGAAACAAAUAAGGAAGAUUACUGAAGAGAUUUUUUGACUUUUACUGACAAAACACAGGAUAAAGCAUUUGGACAGAUUCAUCACCAGCAUUAACUUAUUCUUAAGUAAACAUUCUUGCAAAUCCGUUGAUACGCUCGGAGUGUAAUUUUUGUGAAUCCAGUGUGUUCUGGAAAAAUGUGGAACUGUAUAACAAAUUUCUUUACCUAUGAGACGACCAAGUCCGUGGUGGUGAAGAGCUGGACCAUUGGCAUCAUCAACCGUGUCGUCCAGCUCCUCAUCAUAACAUACUUCAUUGGCUGGGUGUUUUUGUAUGAGAAAGCAUAUCAAGUGCGAGACACAGCUAUCGAGUCAUCAGUGAUGACUAAAGUGAAAGGUUUUGGAGAAUAUAACAACCGGAUCAUGGAUGUUGCCGAUUAUGUCACACCUACUCAAGGGGCGUCAGUUUUCUGCAUCAUCACAAAGCUCAUCACGACAGAGAACCAAGUUCAAGGAAACUGUCCAGAGAGUGAGAUGAAAUUCAAAUGUGACAAUGACGGUACUUGUAAGAGGCAGAUGUCAAAACCAUCUAGCAAUGGGUUGCUGACAGGACGAUGUGUGAACUUCAAUACUACCCACAAAACCUGUGAGAUCAAAGGAUGGUGUCCUGCAGAGAUUGAUGAAAUUCAACCAGACCCCAUGAUGGAGGUGCAGAACUUUACCAUCUUUAUCAAGAACAGCAUUCGCUUCCCACGUUUUAACUUCACAAAGGGAAACUUUUUGCCCAACAUCAAUAGUUCCUAUAUAAAGCAAUGCAACUUUGACUUUGAGAGUAACAUGUAUUGUCCAAUAUUCAAAGUUGGUGAUGUGAUCCGAUUUGCACAACAAGACUUUACCACUCUUGCUAAAAAAGGGGGAGUGAUAGGGAUAAAAAUAGCGUGGGUGUGUGAUUUAGACAAGGCUGAUGAUGCGUGUAAGCCCGCCUACUCCUUCACUCGUCUGGACGCCAUGUCAGAGAAGACCACUGUGUCUCCAGGAUACAACUUCAGGUACGCAAAGUAUUUUAAAAUGGAGAACGGAACUGAGUAUCGCACUCUGCUGAAAGCCUACGCCAUCAGAUUCGAUGUGCUGGUUAAUGGAGAUGCUGGAAAAUUUAACAUGAUACCAACUCUAAUCAACAUGGUUGCUGCCUUCACCUCUGUUGGUGUGGGUACAGUGCUUUGUGAUAUAAUUCUGCUGAACUUCUUGAAAGGAGCUGACCAGUACAAGGCCAAGAAAUUUGAAGAGGUAUCAGAUUCACAUAUUCAGAGCACUGCUUCAUUGUACAGGACCAGGAACCACAGCCAGCUGUCAAUCAAACCUGAUGAGAAGUUCUCAACUGACUCCGGAGCAUUUUCCAUUGAACGUUAUAGUUAAUAAUGCCCACCACUGCACUUGGGAAGGAUUUCAUUCAUGUAUAUAUAUAUAUAUAUAUAUAUAUAUAUAUAUAUAUAUACAUAUAUACAUUUUAGGGCUGUCAAUCGAUUAAAAAUUGUAAUC